AUGCAAGCCGCCGCUACCGUUGUCUUCUCCGUCAAGCCCCGCUUCAGCAGCGCCUCUCCUUCGGUCCCCCGUUUGAGAUCCCACAGGGGCCCGCCCGUUGCCGCCUCUGCUGCCCUUGGCACCACCACCACCACCACGGAGUCCAUGGCCGCCAAAUGGGCACAGAAGACCGUCGUCAUCCCUCCCCAUAGGCGCGGCUGCCAUCUCAUCACCUCCAAGAUUUUGAGAGGGAUAGAGCAGGAUUUAUCAGGAUUUAAAUGCGGCCUUGCUCAUCUUUUCUUGCAGCAUACGAGUGCUUCUCUCACCAUAAACGAGAACUACGACUCAGAUGUACAGGAUGACACCGAAACAUUUCUUAACCGGAUUGUACCGGAGGGACGUUCUGCACCUUGGAAGCACACAUUGGAAGGACCUGAUGAUAUGCCGGCACAUAUAAAAUCAUCUAUGUUUGGUUGUGCACUCACGAUUCCUAUUACUGAUGGUCGUUUAAAUAUGGGAACUUGGCAGGGAAUAUGGCUUUGUGAACAUAGGGAUCAUGCAACUCCUCGCAAAAUUGUUAUUACUCUUAAUGGGAUGUAAUUGGUAAAGGUUUGGGAAUUAUCUGGAAUGUUCAAACUAUAUUGUCUACAGAUGUUGCUGAAAGGAGUUGCUCGAUUUUGCAAUUAUGUAAUAUGUAGCAAUACUUACAAGUCAUGAAAGUGCAUGUUGUUGUGUUCUUUA